UUUUAUGAUUUGAUUUGACGUUAACUUAUUUUUAGGACUUCAGUUGUUUAUGCCUAAUUUUAUUUUUAUAAAUUAUUAAAUCGCAACUAUAAGAAAGAACUAGUCUUUGUGAUUCAUAAGAAAGAACUCUAUAACAAACUAAAAUGUUUUCAAGAAAUGAAAAGAAAAAGAAGAAUCAUUCUGGAAAAUCACUUUCACAGUAUGGGCUUUUCGACAUCCCCUCUAACUUUGAUGAAUCAGGAAAUGAGGAUAACGAUAAUGAUAGUGACUUAGAAGCUGAAUUGGCAGCAUUGAGUGGGGGCGGUAAUCCAACUCCUCAAAGAAAAAAACCUGCAAAGAAAAUAUUACCAGAAAGAGAGAUAAAUGCGAUGGUAGCAGAUUCCAUGAAAGACAUUGACGAUGAUGAUGUAUCUGUUGAUGAAAAUGAUCCAGACUUACUCAGCGAACUAAGUGAACUCACAGGUGGUGCAGCUGAAGAUGAUUUGCCUUCUCCACAAAAUGAAACGCAAAGUGCUGGUUCUACCGAUACCAAGAACAUUUUGAGUGAAAGGUUGAAAAAUUAUGAAAUUGCUGAAAAAACAGCAAAAGAAUCGGGAGAAACAAGUAAAUCUAGGCGAUACGGAAGGGCCAUCAAAACAUUGAAAGACCUGUUGAAACAAGCAAAAUCAGGCAAACUAAUAGAUUUGAAUGAUGAAACGGUACCCCCAGAAAUUCAUCCCGUCUCUCAAAAACCACCAAGUCAACCAGUGCCUACUAGACCAGCUCCCGCUAUACCUCCCAGAGCACCAGUUUCACAAGAAGAUGCAGGAAAUAACGUGAGUUCACCACUUCUGCUGCCGGAAACCGUAGAAGAAAAUGUUAGGAAAGAAAAAGAAAACAUAGAUGAAGAGUUGUUGAACAUGCUUCGUGAGCGUCAAAAAGAGUAUAAAGUUGCUGCUCUUUCAGCAAAGAAGGCUGGCGACUCUAAGAAUGCUAUUAUGUUUGUUAAGAUAGCUAAACAAUUCGAGGCAGUUAUUGCUGCAGUCCAAAACGGUCAGGAAGUGGACCUUUCAAAAAUGCCUGGUCCACCAAGUGAAGUGUCUCUUAAAAGCGAGCCCAAAAUUGAGGACAGUGAAACCCAACGAAAUACUGCACCUGAAAUAGCUUUGCCAGAAGAAGCUGCCGGUUUACCGGAGCCACAACUCAUCACAGCUUCCACAGAUUUAGAAGCACUUGAACAACGUUUGGCUUUUUAUAAGGAGCACGAGACUAAAGCUAAAGAAGAGGGAAAUUCUAGUAAGGCAAGACGCUAUGGUAGAUUAGUGAAGCAAUUCGAGCAAGCUUUGAAGUUACAAAAAGCGGGAAAGCCUGUUGCUUUCGAUGAAUUGCCAACGCCACCAGGCUUUGGUCCGUUUCCUACUCUAGCUAAGGCUGAAGCAGCUUCUAAACCAGCAGUAAAUAUGCCAGCACAACCUCCGAAAACAGAUUCAACUGAAAAUGAAGACAAAAGGCAGAUCUCCGCUGAGGGGCCGAAACUUUCUGGAAAUACAACUCACGCUGAGAAACAAGUGCUGAUUUUGUUAGCAAAACAGAAACAGUUCAAACAAGCUGCACUGCACGCAAAGAAACAAGGUGAAAUCAAUCAAGCUAAAGAAUAUCUCAAGCAAGCAAAGGGAUUCGAUAAAUUGAUAGAAGCUGCGCAGGCUGGUUUGCCCGUCGAUUGGUCUUCUAUUCCUGUUUCACCAGAGGCUAAAUCCCAAUUGGAUAACGAAUAUGACAUAAUUAUGUCGGAUGAGUUGGAUGAAAAUAGAUCAGAAGACAUGGACCUAUUAGCUCGUUUAGAAAAUCAGUUACAAAAGCAGCUGAAAAUGUGCCUUACCACAAGAGACCACAACAAAGCACUCGGUGAUGUUGCUAGUAUGAAUAAAUUCGAAAGGUUAGCUUUGAACGUGACGAAGGACCUUGAUGUUAUUAGAAUGGCCCGCAAGUCUUCUAAAAUAGUCCCUAAGUUCCAUUAUGAACAGAAAGAUUUCUCUAUUGUGAAGAGCUUCACCGAGAUAAUGGAUAAUCAAAUGGAAGUGACCAUUCACAGAGGAAUCAACUAUCAAUCAGAUAAUCCAAAAGAGAUUGACACUUAUGUGAAGCUGGAAUUCCCUUUUCCACAGGAUACCCCUUUUAGCGAUAGAACUUCCACAAUAAAAGACACAAAUAACCCAGAGUAUCAGAAAACUUUUGUCAUUCCUAUACAGAGAAAUUCAAGGCAAUGCCAAAGGACUUUCAAAAGGCAUGGUAUUAAAUUUGAAAUAUACUCGAAAGGUUGUUCUUGUUGUUUCAGUGGUUUCUUCAGGAGUGACGUACUCAUAGGAACCGUUAAUGUGAAGCUACAACCCUUAGAAACGCAAUGCGAGAUUCAUGAAAGUUUUGAUCUAUUAGAUGGAAGGAAAAAAGUUGGUGGAAAAUUAGAAGUUCAAAUAAAAUUGAGAACGCCUAUUGUGACCCAACAAGUGGAGCAUAUUCAAGAAAAAUGGCUUAUCAUAGAUCAGUAAAAUAACCUGGUUAGUCUAAUAUCUUGUAUAUGUAAAUAUCCCAGAAUCAAUGAAACAUUUUUAUUUGUCGAAGACAGUGAAA